AUGCAUAAAGCAGCCAUCACGUUUCUUGGCAUAACAUCAUGGUAGGUAAUAAGAGUCUCCUUAUAGACGAACAUGUACUUUUUGUCUUAUGAUUCAGUAUUUAGCAUGCGCAUUAUGUUGCAAGUGAAAAGUUGAGCGAAUCCUGCAUGGACAACUGCUGUAAUGUUCUCCUCUACCGAGACUAUUUUAUCUUAUUUUCUGACUAUUAUCCUGUGGUAGUUAGAAUGAGGUACUUAUUCUUAGUCUUGGUAUCGCCAAAUAAAAGGUUUUGGACGUACACUCCACCCUGUGACGAAAAAUAUUAGCAGCUUACCUGCACUUCCUGGCUGCGUCAUAUACGCAUCCAACAGGCCUCGCGGGAGCCCGCAACACAGGUACCUUCUUUCUGAAGGUGUGGGGCGCGUGGGUGGAGUCAGGCUACCAACUAACGCAUCUUUGUUUUGGGUUCUUGUUCGGGCCCUUUACCAAAUGUCGCAGAUAAAGGUGAUGAAUGCGAACAAGAAACCGAAACGUUGAGCCAAUAAACUCCUUGUUUCAGCACUCGCGUAUUCUUCUGAACUGCUACCUAGAACUCGGUUCUUCGCCUCUAUCGGCAUGUUUUGAUCUCAUGACUAGCGACAAUUAUAGUUCUUAACCUUUGGUUGCCACGAGAUGCUUCGAAGCUCUUUUAUCGGGCUAGUCAGGUUUUGGAACAUCAGUUAUCUGGGGAAACGUUGAAAGACAAUUUCAUAAAUUUUCGGAGAAACUUAGGCAUAAGAUUCUCAUUCAUCUAAAUUACGAUCAAGUAAGUAGAGUAAUGGCUGUACUAAAGCCUUCCCCUUACCGCGUGGGUUCGAAUCCUACCGAGACGCCGACUUUUUCACAGUUGGGUCAAUAUGAAUUAUUCAAAAUCUGCCAAAAUAUCUAUGAAAGACAAUUUCAAAAAUUUCAGGAUAAACCUAAGUAAAGGAUUCUCAUUCAUCUAAAUUACGGUCACUUGGCCUUGAUAAGUUCACUCGUGUCAGUAACGCAGGCUCACAUUUCACCCACUUGAGAGAACGUCUUUUAACAAAGUGGUCAUAGAAGCAUCUUCGAUAUCAUCCUUUUAGUGUUUCUACGGGCGUCUCGAUUGUGACAGGCGAUGCAGAGGGGAGAAUACGUUUCUCCGACCCCAACUUCCUCCUACUGUACUGGUAUAACGAAGCCAGGUUUGGUGAGAUCAUGUCUAUCAGCUUUGCCGACCGGGGUCUGAUUGAUGGGUAGGUGUUCGUAAAAUAUUCAACCCUUAGUCCACGCUAAGUCUUUAUGUUCGCUCUUCCAUUGGCUCUUGCCUUGGUAACAAAACCUAAGACUUCCCAGAUAUCUUUAAUACUAACACCAUACUUUUGGCAUUGCAGGUGUUUUAAAUCCCUUUGAACGCGCUGUAAUGCCUUUUUGACUGAAAUGCUCCCAAAAUUAGUACUACUUUCAAUUACGUCUCUUAGAAAACGAAUUUCGUUGUUCGGAAAGUAGUAAGUAUUCUAGUUGGCAUUGUUAUAGGUCUUAAUUUGCGUGAUGUUUGUUAGAUUGCAACUUUUUGUUCAUUUACUCAAAGACUGUCCAUUUCGUGCAAGAUUUAAACUCAUCUCUCACCAUAUGCAAUCUCCCCUGAAGCGGUCUUACCCAGUUUGCUAACACAAAGUACCCUGAAGAUGCAACCAUCCCAAGGGAAAAGUUCGUGGUGGAGGACUUUGUCGUUAGCACAUCGCACGCGGUUCUUGCGAGCAUUGGUGUGGAGGGAAAAGUUGUCAAGGUACGUCAUACUUUGCCGUCACUUUCAGUACAACACCGUUUUAUUCAGAUAAACUUCGCAACUGGAACUUUAUGGACUAUUUGUUCUGUCAGCAUUAAUCAAGUCACCAUUUUGAAAGAGUUUUUUAACGGUACUUAGGGUAAAUCAUAACCGCCAUGCCAAACAAAUCGUGCUUUCUGAUACCAACACUAAUUUGAAUAGCUUUAUUCCACUAUUGGGAGUCUAGCUCAUAACUUGUACUUGAGACUGCGUCCUGAUGUUUCGGCAUUGAUUGGGCCUCGUAUUUGUUCUUAGAAACUUACCAGACCUUUUCUUGCUUUUCUAAGGUGGAAAAGUAGUGCGUUGAGGGGCUCUGCAUCGACGGAUGCUCGCCCGGUUCGAAUGCUCCAACAGAUCAUAUUGCCAAGUUAACCCCAUCAAGAUAUUAGUAUCGUGUUGCUGAGAUUGAGCUAAGGGUGGGAAAAUUGACUUCCAUAAAAACGGAUAUAGUGUGUGACCAAUUCCCUAAGGUGUUAAAAAAUAAUCUGUUCGUAAGAGCCUAAUAGAAGCCAGUAAAUCGCUCAGAUAAUAACUGAGAAAAUCCUUCUUGAAUUCUCUUUUAAAAUGAUUUCGAACUUUAACACUAAAGUGCAGAGGUUGCAGUAAGGGUUUCGCAAUCGCAUUCUGGGGGAUCCAAAUGCAUUAAGAGAUCGUCAGGCAAAACGUUGGCUGCCUAAAUCUUUAUCCACAAGCUCUGUCGAGCAAAAUGCCGCUAGAUCGGUGCCACUGGCAGUCCACAAUCACUCCUCUCUCUUAUGUUCCCUUAACUAGGUCUCACUUUUUUCUCUUCUGCUGUGUUUUUAUGGCCCGCUGUUGCUCAAUUUUGCAAUCUCGGACACCGACACAGUUAAAAGUUACCGAAUAAUCUCAAAAUUAGGCCUCCUUAUCCUUUUAACCACUACCAACGCAAUUUAUUUUGGAUUUCAGUUAAUUCAAAGGGAAGAGUAUUCCAUUGUUAACGCAGUUGCGACUCACCCAAAGCUGUAAGUCUACUUCUGUUUUGUCUAAAUUGCAAAAGUUGACACUUCGGAUGUCCAAAAUAACUUUAUGAUAGUUGAAAUCCUUUACGUUUUAGUACUUGCGGUUUUCAUGCUUCAUAUCACCAAAAUCAUAUUCUUCCUAGGGACCUGGUCACAGUAGCAGGCUACUGCGGGAUGGUUAAAACUUGGAAUUACAAAUCGAUGUAAGCGCUCUUUCUGUGAUAUCCUGCAAUUUGUGGUCCUUGGGCAUUAAAACGGUGCAUUCAUUGCCUGUAACGUGCGUUUUGUGUCAGAAAUCUGAGAAUGCAAGUCGACUUUGACUAUAAUAGGAUGUUAGAUCACCAAAAUCUCUAAGGGGGAGCGGGAUAUCAUUAGUUCGUUUAACCUCCACUAGAAAUUGUCGCUUCUAGUCUUAACGCAUGACUUGCAUAAAAGUAAACACAAAAAUAUACGUGGGUCUUAGUAAGUCACUACUACGUGCGCAAUCGUCUAAAGCAACGCCUUUUCCUAUAAUUGUUAAAUUUACAAAGCGAACAAUGUAGUAUUACUGUCCAACUCGACGAAGACCACCGUCGUCAGGUUGUAUUCUUGGUUUGGGUGAUGGUUGGGACACCUCAUGACUGGCUCUCUAGCGUGUCCGAUGGUGUCCGAUGUCCUUCUUACGUUCAGCGAGGUUGCGGACGAACGUAACGCCCCUCCUUUCUAGUCCACAGAGCAUUAAAAUCCAAAAAUUACGAACAAUCUGCUUUGUCAGCAAAUCGUCUUGCGGCUGUAAGAUUUGCUACCUCGUAUGUUCUAGGUUAUAGGCACUAUAGACUGCAUUUGCAUGCAUCUGCUGCUUCAUUGAAUACAGUCACCUGUGCAGUAUUCUUCGUAAGCCCAGUUGAUCAAUCGUUCAGACCAAAAGGACGCUGAUCUGAACCGUAGAGAAGGGAGUAUCCGUUAGCUCGCGCAGCCGGCAAGGUAAUUGUGGUAACUCAGCGGGUAAAACGCCCCGCGCAGAUUGAAGAUCAGGGACCGUCGAUUUGUUUCCAUCUUGCGGUAAACGUUUUCUGGCCAUGUAUGUUCUUAUAGUUCCCAAACUGUCUCUAAAACGGUCCUAUUUAGUCAAAGGUUCAUUCUUCCAAGUAAUUUUUCUGCCUUAUGAAUUCGAACGCCUUUAUGAUUAUAGUAAAACAAUACAGAACCCCUGCUAUUAUAUUCAGCCGAUGAUCGAGACUCGCGAUUGCUACAGAGUCCGAUUUUGCAAAGUAAGCUAAAUUAUGUCGUAAAAACCCAGCGUGCUUUUAAAAUUAGCCAAAUCACAUGCUGCCUCCUCAAAUGAAAAUCACAAGAUCCUGCAUUUCAAAACCGGUUCAGUAUGAAAUAACUUGCAUACGCUAACCUUGAGCAAAGGUGCAGUCCUGACCUCACAAACUAACGCCUCGGCCGAUUCUAGUUAAAGCAAGCUUUUUGCAAAACUCGAAGUGCUGCUCUACUGCUUGCUUUUACUUUUAAACGUCGGGGUGUUUGAUUGUCCACAGCCGUUCUAUAAACCAUUAUACGCGGACUCUUGCUUCUGCGCACAUUUUGUUACCUUGACAUUUUUCACACCCUUUCUAGUCUACCUGUGAAAACGCGCAUUUUCGACAAGGGAACAGAAUUUCAGUCCUGCGCAUACGACCCCAACGGCCAGUUUUUGGGUGAGUUUCGUGGCUAUUGCACCUCCAUAUUUCUUAAUAAAUACUCAUGGUGUUUAUUUGUAUUUUAAACUUCAGAUAGAUUUUGGCUUAUUUUUCCUUGUCACAUGUCUGGAAACUAGAGCAAAUUCGUAGAUAACAUGUUCGAGAUCUGUCAUAGCAGACCCCGUUUCCGCCAUUUCUGUGAGAUAUCCAAACGCUCAAAGGAUAAGCGGGGUUAUGUUUGCAUUUGCGUCAGUGUCGAAGCGACCAUUUAUGCUGUACCGGCGUCUUCAUUGCAGAUUUCGGCUUUUUGUCUUUUAGCUGUCGGUUGUACUUCAGGACGGGUAAUGAUGUUGGACGGCGUUGAUCUGAACGACACGAUGAGGCGACCCAUUGACUUCGCAAAGGGUAUCGUUACACAACUGGCUUUCAGCCAUGACAGCGAAUAUUUUGCCUACGUCGUAAGUUUCUUACUUACUAACCGAACGACGUAUACAGUUUUGUCAAACCAUGAGCAGACCUUACCUUGCUCUACCGACAUAGCUUGCUGUAAUAUUCGAUCCUUAUGCAGCAAUAUUUUACAUGAACCAAAAGGUAAAGCAGAUGAGCACAGUGAAACUGUUGAGGCUGCGAGCUAGAAUGCCAAUACUAAAACUGAUAACCGUCUCCAUGAAUUUUGAAGGCCCUGAACGUCGGUGAGUCUUGAUUGAAAAUCACAGAAGCACAGAACGUUGCCAGAAGACGUUUCGAGUAGAUCUUACACGUUUAAGGACCGGAACCACAGGCAGGUUCAAAGAACUCUGCAAGAAUUUCCGAUCCGUUGACGUCGCGAACGUUCUUUUGUAGCAGCUAGAAUCUGGACAGGAUCCAGGCUUUCAAGACUAGAACGCUUCCAAGUCCACUGUAAGAGUGAUAUUAAUAAGUCGAUGAAGUCUCAUUACCAGAUAUUCUGAUAUCAGGCACGAGAAUUGUAGCCUUCUGACUGAUUUUUUCCGGAGAGAAAUAAACAUCGCGAAAACCUUUCAAUAUGGUAGCAGCAAUUUCGUGCCAUUUAGUAAUUAUCCUAUCUCAAGCGCAAACUUCAAGGGGAUAUCGGCACGAAGGGUAUCUUGCUUUUCAAAAUCUGAACUUGCGCAAACACAUGGGAUGCAGUACAUGCCUCUCGAAGAUUCUGCCACAUUUUGUGUAAUUGUGCUGCUCCUGAUGAGUUUCUACGCAAGUAAGGCCUUGGAACUGACUGUCGAAUCAGUCGUACGUUUACAUGAUCGGGUUUUUAGUCCAACUAAACUUUGUAUGCAUUUUUAAAUACGGUCAUCACGUGUUUCCUUUAAGCUCAUUUUUGGCACCUUGAAUUAUAAAAACUGCACUGUAAUCUUUGAAAAAUAUCUUUCUAUAGUGCCCGGUUAGCACAGACUUCGUGUUUGCGGGGUUGCUAAGCCAAAUUUCGACAAUUUUUUCUCUCGUUGUUUACACUUACUAUUGCUGAAAACGGAGAUUUAACGCGCCCUGUCCUCGAACAGAUGCGGAAAACCGAUAGAUCGCACUCCCCGAAGAUAACCUAGACUUCGUGGUUGAUGACUGAACAGGAGCACACUUGUAAUUAGGUCCUCUGUUUUUUUCGAGAGAGUGAAAUUGAAGAAAAUUUCGCGUAUUACGAAGUUCGCAAUCAGGUGUAGUCAGCGCUAACUUGACCUGUACCUCAACCCACAGACGGCUAAGGGGUCUUUAUUCCAAUGGGUCUCUGAUGAGUUAGUCGAAUUCCUACCUGUCGUUCCGUUCAGAAGCAAAAAGUACUAACGAGCGUGGAGUGAAAUGUACAAUAAAUAAGGCCUUACAUACCCAUUCACGUACACCAGAUGCGGAAAAAUAAAAUGAUCAGUCCUUAAAAAAUAAGGUGUUAUUACCUAGCAUUAUAUAUUUUUCACCCACUUUCCAGAAAAUGGUCGAUUCUGAACAACUAUAUACUGAUAUUCGUUGCUAAGAGGGAGCGUGGAGCUCCGAAAAGUUUUUUUUUGCUGUCUGCUUCGACUUCCCAAGUUUGCGAAAUGUUUGUUGAUUUGUGUAUGCCAGGCGUAAAGUCAAGCAGAGUGUGCCCUAAUCAUCCUGCUCGGGAAGAAAGACCUCCUCGCGUCCAGUCUUACCUCAGUCACAUGUAAUUUGAGAGGAUGUCUUCGUAAGCCAGUGGUGGUGGCCAGCUCAAAGAAGUCGUCGCAUGCGAGGCAACAAUCCUGACCCCGCAACAUUUGAAAUGCUUGAAUUGGAUCGCCGCAUAGUUGCCUGUAGUCCAAAGGAAAGGAGUCAGGGUUAGACAUUCGUGUUUCGUAAAGCAGGUAACCUUGACCUCGGAUCAGCUUGUUUGCACGUUCUUGGACAUUUUCAGGGAUGCUGCGAUCUUUGACAGCCCAUGGUCUUCAGGCUCGUAUGGCAAAUUUUGCUUAAGGUCCCACACCCAGCCCGAAGAUUUUGCCAAAGCAUACGUCAUAGAACUUCGCAAAAGUCCACUUAAUGUGAUACAAUUUUGACAAUGGGGAUUUGGCCACUUUCAAGCAGAGGAACGAUGGCUCCAGUGAGGGGGUAGUCCAUACUCCUAGGUACUUCCGAGCUUCUUCCUUUGGUAUCGGGGUAUGAUUUAGAGAGUACGUCCUCCGGCUCGCAGUUCUAGUUUUGCUUAUUCGCAAAACGUUGCAUUUAGUAACAUUGAGGGGAAUGAACCGGUGGUUUGGCCAUCGUUCGAGUCGAUGCAAAGUAACCUGUAGAUUUUUCAUCAUCUUUGAUGUGGAUGACGUUCCGAAGCUUUAUGUCGUCAGCAAACAUGCCGGUAUCGCAUUCAAACCCACAGAUGCAGUCACCAGUAAAUAUGAUGCAAAAACAGCUCAUUUAGAGCGCAACAAGCCGGACGCUGACAGCCGUUUCACGAAUGCUACCUAUCAUCAAGAUGCCAUGUUUUAUAUGAUAGGCCAUACAUAUAGUAUAUCCAGUGUCUACGUCGCACAUACGGUAUAAUGCCUUAGUCAUAUAGAUUUCAGGCUACUCAUCAUACUACUUGUUUGUAAAAUGGGCAUUACGUUGUUAUUCCUCAGUAGUUCAAUUUCCUCGACCCGAUUUUUCACUUAACUUUCGGGUCUAACCUUAAAACGUCAUGUCCCGGACACUUAACUCCAUGUCCUGCACCGAAUAAUUUCUGAAACUAUUCGCUUGAUCCUCCUCUUGAGUUCAUAUUACCAAAAACCACCGAGAACGCUGCGGGAACCCACUGAUGAGCCGAAACCCGCGCAGCUGUGUCAUGUAGCGGUAGAAAAUCGACGAAACAUCUAUCUGAGCUUUUAGGUAGUAUGUGUGGCGGGAGUGUGGCAUAAACUCUUUACCAUAUAUAGGAUACAUGCAUCCCAAGAAUCAUAAUUCGGAAGACAUAAGCUCUUUGGGGAAGAUGAACAAGUUUUAUUAUAAAUUUUCGACUUUGGUUUCCCAAGUCGUCCUCAGACGUAAAGUAAGUGUGCAAAACAGUUAACAUUUAAACAUGCCUAAAAGUCGAUUUUGCCCUGUCACUCCUGCUGACGUAAUGUUCUGAUUUGCCUACGUCUAAUCCACUUCUUCUUCAGGCUGUUGUACACCGCAUCCAAUUCUACGUGUCGGUUGAUGCAUGAGCUAUCAGAAUGGAUGGCCUCUAAAAGUUUGCGGCCCUUCUUAGUUCUUGCUCGAUUAAGGAGUCCGUUCACAGCACUCCGUUUGCGAGAGAUCUGGUGAUGGCUCUCGUAAUGUAAAAUAAUUUCCGCGUAGGUUUCCUUGCGGUAAACCGAAGUGUGAAAUGUCCCGUCAGGCUUUCUCUGUACGAGGACGUCAUGAAACGGGAGUUUGUUGUCAGCCUCUUUCUCGAGUGUCAGUGUGAUUCCUGGGGUUGUUGGGUUAAUAACAUUGUGGAGCAUUUUCUGUUGAUCACUUAUAACAAUGAACAAACGUGUCAUCAACGUGAAGCACCCAUAAUUUGGGGUUAACUAGUGGUGAGGCGAUAGCCUCUAAUUUCUACUUUGAUCUCUCAUAAAACGGAGUGCCGUGAACGGACCCUAUUAACCGAGCAAGAAGUCACUGCUCUGACGACGAAACCUAUCAAACAGAACUGAAUUGUUUGUUCAAACUGUUUUCCCAGAAUGAGUAUCCUUGAUAUUUUGUACACCGAUGCAUGAGACAACAGAAGUGAAAAGAAAAAUACAAGGAACUAGAUUGUUCCGAUCAGGCGCCCAAACCAAAAAACUGGCGAACAGUUCCGUUCAUUAAGAAUGUGUCCGAACGAGUUGAAAGACACCUAAGGAAGCACCAAAUGCAUGUGGUGCACAAGUCGACGACUAUACUUCGUAACCAGUUUGUACGCCCUAAGGAUAGGGUUGGCUAUUUGGAUGAGAAGGAAGUCGUCUAUAAGCUACCAUGCAACACUUCUAUUGCGGUUUACUUUGAUCAAAUUGGGAAAUCGGCCUCUACACGAAUACACGAACAACAGUUGGCCGUAAAAAGGCGAGGCCACUUGUCCCAAGUUGCCAUGCAUACGCUGAAAUCUGGACGCAAGUUCGCCUGGGACAGGACUCGCAUUGUAGGUGUCUGCUCAUCUACGAGUGCCGCGAAUUUUUAGAGGCCAUCCAUUCUGAUAGCUCAUGCAUCAACCGACACGUAGAAUUGGAUGUGGUGUACAAUAGCCUCAAGGAGAAAUGGAGAAGGCGUUGGCAAAUCAGAACAUUACGUCAGCAGGAAUGACAGGGCAAAAUCGACUUUUUGGCAUGUUCAAAUGUUAACUAUUUUGCACACUUACUUCACGUCUGGGGACGACUUGGGGAACCAAAGUCGAAAAUUUACAAUAAAACUUGUUCGUCUUCCCCAAAGAACUUUUUUCUUCCGAAAUGUAUAUAAGGAAGAGGGUAGGGCCUAGAACGGAAUCCUGAAGCACUCUAUUCUUAACCGUGACCUGUACCGAUUGCUGAUUGCCAAGACGGAAAAUCUUAGACCGACCACUCGGGACGUUUUCGAGUUACUUCGAAUGCUUUCCCCUUAUCCCUGUACGGCUGUCCUUGUAUGGAAGGCGCUGGUAUGGCGCACCAUAAAAGGCCUUCUUAAAGUCUCUGUAGAAUGCGUGCACCACAUAUGCUCAAUGUAUCGCUCGACUUCACCGUUCUUGAUACUAGAACAAGUUGGUCAUGCAGGACUUUCCUCUGCAGAAUCCGCGCUGGGCGUCAGAAGGAAGACGAUGUUGCCCCAAAGACUGCAUCAGUUCGCAGGCACCUGUUUGCGGAAUUUCAGCACUCCAAAUUAACGUCACUUGCCCACAUAACAACUGGCCUGUAUUAAAUCAAGCAAAUGGCCUCAACAAUUCGCUUUCAUUGGAAACUUGUGUCUUAACGUAGAUGAAAUAUCGUCUAAUGUCCGAAAGCUUUCCGCCAUCUAUCGCCUUCAAACUUAACUAAACUUUCUUUAGUGCCUGAGGAAAAGCGGACACUUUUUAGACAUUUGGAACGCAGGUCAUUCAUCACCUCUUCUGUCAAAAGGUUAUAAUCGCGUGAAGGAGUUGUGAUGACACAGGUUUGCGUUAAACCGCACCAGAUAUCAUUGCUAUCGUGUUAUAGACAAAUAUUAAGCCCGUCCACGGCUUGACUAGGAGCGUGAUAGUCACCCAGUCAUAUUUCGCCGACUUCCAGUCCCUUGCUAUACUAUGAAUCCCAACCAGGCAAAGAUCUCAAAAAUGCCAUACAAGAAUAACAGCAGGGCUCUUGCACAUAUUUGCUGAGUGUUCGCAGGGACUUAUACCUCUGGAAAUUCUCGAAGUAAUUUCGAAGACCCCGCAACUCAGAGUGUAAAUGCUAAUUCAAAUAUGGUUGGUACUUGGUAAGUCUACACGAAGUAGAAGCGACACUCCAAUAACUGAUUUCCUAUAUCUUCAACGAAAUGUUGAAAACAUAUAUGAUGCUAUUACUUUGUUUGACUUCCUUAGAACUACUGAAGUUUGUUGGUGGUCAUGAUACAGCACACUUAGUCUCGCUGUUUGUGGAUCACUGGAUAAUACAACAUGCGCUGUCUGAAAGAUUCUUUCAUGUCCGCUCGAUAAUUUUUGGCGAUUUCUAAAACAUCUUUUUAAGCGUAACUUACCACAGGCCUUUCGUUCAAGGAUGAACCAAACCGCAAAUGUGAGGAUCCGCAAAGAGCUCCCGCCCAUUUCCGCCCCCACUCAGGUGUUCGGCAAGGAGAUGCGCCAUCUUCAAUCUCUUUGAUCUUCCGCACAGCCUUAUGCAACUUCAAGGCUGAACUACGUUUGUACGGAAAGAUUGCCAACGUGACUGUAGUUGGGGCAUCUUGAGACUAAGACUAAAAAGUUACCACGAUGGACUAGCUGCUGCAACAAAGUAAUUUGAACAUCAAAUUAGAAGGAACAGCUUGUCCGCAUGACCUAAAAUCUCCAGAUACCAGUGCCUGAUUCUAGGUAGGAUGACUGAAGAGGGAAUUAAACUUCGAAUAACAGCUAUUUCAUGCUGGAAAUCACUUCGCAGCCUUUGCAAUUGUGCAUCCUUCAGACAAAGGUGUUCUUUUAACAGCCUUUCGAGUUUGUUCUGCUUUGAGCAUAUGAAUUUCUGCCGUUGGUGCAAGAAGAUGAAUUCAAGCCUGAGAACUUCAAUGUUUCCUGGGUCGGGUUCGUCUUCAGCAGACAUCAACGUCAACCGACUCAUUGCGAUGCAUUAUUAGAGAGAAGGAGGGGGUGCCCUUCAUGCUAACCGCGCGUUCUCUGUCAAUUGACUGGGGAAGUCAACGAUUGCGCCUUCGUGCGCUUCUUUUGAAGGGCUACGAUGAAGAUGCUGCCAUCUAUGAUCGUAUACGAAGGCUGAGCGAAAGACUUUGAAGUGCCACUCAGUUACAGACUUUGACUGUCGACAUGCUUGCCCCGACAGUUUUACUGCUAACUUGUAAGAAGACGGCCACUUCAUGGGUGUUCAUUACCCAGUCACGUGAGGAAUUAUUAAGAUAAUCACAUGUACAGUUUCACAUUCGACGAAUUUACUACUUGCUAAACUUGUAUUUCUGCGAUUUUUGUUCGAUAAUCAUAGGGCUGGUUUAUUGAGAUGGAACAUGGUGUCACAAUGGCAGUGACCAGAAUCGCACGCCAAAAUCGCGUGGUAUGUGGUUUAAUGGUAAAUGUAACUGUAGGACCAGUCCAGCCUUCCAUGUCUUCUGAACCAAACUAAGAGGCUAUAUUUGUACCGAUAACUAUCCAAGGCAGCCCAUUCAUUAUUCACUUUUCCAUUUCCUUUCAUGCUAAGGCUGCACUGACUUUGCUUUCCCUCACCCCAGGAUUCAGAAAUGUCAACCACAUUACUAAAACGAUGCUCUCCCGAGCAGGGGGAUCUUUGGCAGUAUGUUGGAAGAUACCGUGCUCAUAGCCGGCCUAUCGUGGACCUCAUGUUUCACACCUCAGCCAACUACGGCUACCCACGGUUGCUUACUCUCGGAGAGGAUAGGAUGAUUGUAAGACGCUUCCUUUCCUUUCGUGAUGCAUUUCUGCUAAGUAACAAACAGAGCUUGCAUAGCGGUUUCUGAUCUGUCAACCGCAUUUUAAUCAUAUGGCGUUUGCCUCAAUCCUCCCAAAUACCUACUGUCUUAACGAGGAAAUUACUCCUAAACGGCGUCUAUUGACGUAGAAACAACAAUUUUUGUAGACCCAGGUUUAAGGUUUCCACAGUUAAAUAAAGUAGUAAGUUCAUCGCAGGACUCAGCGCAACUAAGUUUACGAAAGAUCUACGAAAAAGCGGGUUCAUGAGUAAUAUUUGUUCGAAUUAAUGAGUUUUAUCUGCAAAACGUGCUGGGUAGUAACCUUGUUUUGCCCACUUUCCCGACAAAUAAAUCCAAGGGGUUCAAUAAGUCAGAUUCGUCAUUGGCUCAGGGGUCUAUUGCUGUGAAGCAGAUAGCCCAGCCUCCCAGCAUUGGUUAUAUUUAUUAUGUGGUCGCAGUUUAGCUCUUCGCGCAUCCUGUGUUUAGUCUCCUGUAAUCAUUCACCGUUUGUUUAUUCCUUGUUUUUUAAUGUAUUUUAGACAAAGGCGUCUUGCUGUAAUGUCAACAUAGUCAUCGUUUUCUGUGGAUUAAGCAUUCUCCUUCUUAGUCUUAACACACGGGAAUGAAGUCUACAAAUCUACGAAAAUAAAUAUCCGUUACAGUAAAAGUAUUCAUCUUCGUUCAAGUAACUAAACGUACCAGUUCACCUUUAACGAUGUGAGUGUUCCAAACGCAGCAGUGACGGCAGAUUCGUGACCACCUUUUUGACGCAAAUCGUCUGUUCCCUACUCAAAGUUACGGUUUUGACUUAAAACUACGGAUCUUCUCAACCCGUCGAAGAAGACGCAUUCUGAGGCGCUGCUGGUUCGUCUAUUAUCACGUGAUGGAAGUAAUACUCCUCAUGGAGAAAUUCGUACCUAGGCUGCAAACUUUAAGUCGGAAUUUAAAUCAGGAACGGAAGUACCAUCGAAAGAAGGCGCCUUUAGGGGCGAGAAAGGUCUUCUCAAUCUUUAAUCUUUGCUUGUCAUAAACCUUAAGAAGCAAAACAAGCCUUUGAAGCAGACUUAAAAGAUCAACUUGUCGCCUUUCUGUGUCCCAACUCCAGGAAUUCGGCAAAAACUUCCGACCAGACUCUUAAAAUCACAAAAGCAAACGAGUGGUUCAGAAAAGUGAUUUUCAAAUUGAUAUUUUGGUGCCGGUUUAUGAUCGACUUGUCUGCCUUUUCAUCCAGGUGGAAUACGACGUGCUUAAAUCCAAGGAUGGAAACCUAGAGUUACGAACGCGGACAAGGGUGGAACAACGCGCCGUACCCAGAUGCUUUGCAUCGAUGGGCCACUACUACAAGGAGGACUUCAUUUGCAUUGCAAACUCUGAGUCUAAAUUGAAACUCAUCAAUGUGGUCACGUUGAUGUGCCGCAAAACAGUGCUUGCACCGCUCCAGUGUCCUCACUAUCGAAGGUAGUCGUUUUUAUUAACUUGAUGGUAUUUCGCUCUCGGGCGAUGUAAUCACACUGACGAUCCACGCCGCAAAAAUUAGUUCCAAAUGAGCUAUGUCCAGGAGUAGGACCUGCAUUAGCGAUCUUAGAAUUAGAAAGCAAGAAAGGUGUACCAACAAUGAAGAAAUCGAACGACACAAACGACGACGACGUCUACCGUGUGCCUCAAGGAGUGGGCGCGACACCAGUGGCUUGCGAGUAAAUUAGUUUAUGGGAAGACAGACUUGCGCAGUAUCUGCCAUCCUCUUCCCCCCACACCCACUAGACUCCGAUGGUAAGGCAGUGCCAAAGCGACUGGAGGUGGACCCGGGUGCAACAGCCGCAAAACGAAGCAUCCCGUCUGCGCGUACCACUUACGACCUAGUCCCCACAAAAUGUAACAGGCUCUCGCGCAAAGAGGGGGAUUUGGAUCUUACGUUCGUGAGAUGCCACAGAAGCCACAUUAAGAAGCUACCAUUGAGCCGGACUUCUUGUUCCCGAUCUAAUCAUCGCACAUCCACACCAAGUACUGACCACAUUGACCGAGUUAUCUAGUCAGUUUGUACCGAAAAAUGAAGAGGUCAGAACGAUCAUUUCUAAUCUAUUUGUCGCAGACUGCCAACACUGAAUUUUGGACCACGAUGACAUGAGAGCUGGAACUGAACCAGUUGCUUCGGAGCAAAUGGUCUCAAAAAAUAGUUAAAGCCUGUCUUUGAACAGCAAUGAUGGUGGUUGUGUGUAGCUCGUCGCGUUUUCUUGAUUGGAAUAUGCAACAGUACUGUGUCUCCUGCAUCUGUGAAAGAAAUGAGUGAUUUUAACUGAAGUAUUUGGUGAAAGAUUUCGUAAACAAUAUUAUUCUUGAAAAGUUGAUUUGGCAGUGUCUAAUAUAGCAGAAGCCGGGGUUUAAGUGACAUCGACUGAACUAUAUGAUCGGCUCUCAGCAAAAAGAGGUCGCAACGAUUUAUUGAUAAUGGCUGCAAUCGAAACGGUGGGGUAUGCCGGCUCACCAUAGAAAGUCCUCCAGUCAGCACGAGUAGCUCUUGCGAAAAUCUGCAUAACUGGGGUGAAAGUAAAGAAAAUUAAGUAUCACUUACGUUGCAUUGCGCUGUCUAUUUCACGGAAGUUAGUAGCAAGUUUAUAUUCAUUUUAAACUAUGAAAGCGGAUUGUGUCAUACGAUAACUCGUCUAUUUAGAAGCAGUACGUCUUUUUCCUGCUCUCAAUUAACAUAUAUUUUCAUAUCGACCCAACUGUAAAAAACUCGGCGCCUCGGUGGGAUUCAAACUCACGCAGUAUGGGGAAGGCUGUAGUACAGCUGUACUAAAGCCUUCCUCUUACUGCGUGGGUUCGAAACCUACCGUGGCGCCGAGUUUUUUACAGUUGGGUCAAUAUGACUUAUUCAAAUUCUGCCAAAAUAUCUAUGAAUAACAUAUUUUUGAAAUGGCAACAACCCAUUACAGACGUCCGAAUGCAUUAGCACAAUUACCCAUGCAACAUGGAUUAUAACCCUUAAAUUUGUUUUCAGUUCGACUAAGGAAUCGAAGAUGCAAUGCUGACAGACAUGGAAUAUUUCUAUAUCAGCAUUCAUAUUGAUGUAGACCUGAAUUUACGCGUAAUUCAAUAUCUUCAGUCUUUCUGAUCUUUUUUUGCAAAAAAAUUCCUUUAACUCUGACUCAUUAUGCAAUACGGUACGCUCCAGAUUCGUGUGUAGGUCAAAGAUAUUAGAUCAACUUUUACUACACGCGCACUCGCUUCCUCAUCUCCAAUAUCGGAGGUCAACGAACUGCGACCUUGUUUGAUAUUUGCUUGUCAGAACAAGGCGUCCGUUCGGGGACGCAUAAGCAGAGUUAUUGCUUAGGCGAGUAUGAGAAGUCUGCGCCAGCAUGAACUAGUGACCAAGUGUUGAACACGUGAUCGGUUGCUUCAAGGGCUCAGUAUGACGCGCAUGGUUACAUGGGGCCCAGGGGUGACAGGCGCAGCUGGCCGAUGCGCUUGAGCUGGCGCCAGUUUGUGAGCGCAAUCGUGAUCAAUAGGCACUUCAAUUCAAGCCUGAAGGCGGUCGUGCGUUAGCGACGUGUCUACGAGCUAGCACGAUUGUCGCGGCCGUCUACUGAUAAACGGAAGCCGGGAAAGGGAGCAAUGGAGCGUCUGCUGCAGUUGAUCCGUAGUAGCAUGAAAUGAGUCAUUGGCAUGCCUUCAAAGCACGCAUUUAGAGCAACUCAAGAGCUCCAGGUGCUGAUAAAAUUCGAAGUGAGUUUCGCAGAUCAAGGAUGAGACCAUCCACUGCUGGACGAACGGUUUUAAAAUUGAACUCUUAUCUGCGAAAAAAGUAUAACAAACCAAUUCGUAGCCUUACUCCAGCGUGUGGGUAAUGAUUUGGGAAGACUGGUCGCCUCUUCGAAUGGACCGCUUGGGUGCUCGUAUUUUUAGACUGAGUCGUAGUGCUGCCUGACCUUCGUAGUGGCACGGACAGCCGUGGCGUUGAAUGUGAUAAACUGCAGCAAACUGCCCACUUACUUUCACUUUAUCCUCCAUCCGCAUGACUCUGGCACACACAGUAGCUGCAUGACAAUUGGCGACGUCUACAGCAAACUUUGCGGCAUUGUGUUCCGUCUUCCCAAUUAUAUUCCCCAUGCAUGGUAGAGUGCCAGUGCUGAUGGGUGUCUCCUGUUUCUACCUCGCGAACACGUAAAGAUGCAGCAAUCAGUCGAGUUGGCUGAGUAGCUGCUCCUUGGUAAAUGGUCCCGUGAGUGCCGGACUUCCUGUAUUCAUUCACCCGGGCCGCUGCGGUGCGUUUUCACGCUCUGAAAUAGCACCCUAAUAAAUCGCGUUUGCUCAUUAUCGAAUGGUUGCUGUGGUGUAGAGAACGAUAGUUGUGUCAGUCACCUCCUGGUACACCGUGCUGCUAAGUCCACCAUCCGAUCUGCGCAUGACGAGAACGUAAAUCAAGGGCAUCUCUCGGGCCUCUUCUUUCUUACUUGCGAACCGAAUGUCCAGAGAAAUGUUGUUAAGGAGUUCUUGGAGGCUUUGUAUUCUGCUCCUCUCGACUGUAACGUAAGUUGUGUCUUCCAACGUAUCCGCGGAAUUGGGGCAUUUUAAGUGACUAGAUAAACUGCGUCCUUCAAUAAAGGAAUACAUUUUGCUCACACAUAUGCCCCCUAGGAUGACAUUAAGAUAAGAACACGGGAGACUGGAAUGGCCAUUUCUAGUCUGUUAGCCGUAAUCAGCCAGACAUAACCAGCUCUAGGUUUAGAACCCCUGGGGCUCGAGCCUGCUUAUUGCUGGUUAGAAUUCCAACGCUCAAACCGUUCGGCCAUGGGCUCGUGAUCCUGUUCGUUGCGCUCGGGCAGAUGGCGCCCGCCGAUCGUGCCACGGACACACUCACCCCGCUGUGCCUUGGGAUUCGACCUAUAGCCUCAGGAUUGCAAACCUAGGGGUGGCCGCGGGUAGGUGGUAAUGGCUAAUAAGAGUGAAGUGUCCAUUCCAGUCUUCCAUGUCUUUUUUGGUAAUGUCAUUCUGCCUAUGCCAGGAGCCGUUCUGCCGUUGCCUGCGGAGCUCCAGAUCGAGCCCCAUGGCACAACGGGACAAGUGUGUCCCGUGAGGCGAUCGGCGAUUGCCCCUCCACCGUAUGCUCUCCAUCGUCUUAUUGUAUCCCCAUUACCUUCCAGAAUACUUGCGCUUCCUGAAAAGGAGACCGAAAACACGCCACCAAGCUCUCCACUUCGCAACUGCCUGAAAUAUGGCAACCACCAUUGCUUACUUUUUCUGACCAACGAGCGACUCGGACUGGUACUUCUCCCUUUGGACGGAGAUCCCUAUAAAACUGUGAAUGUGAUCGCCCAUCCAAGUUGUGAGCGCGGCAGUGGCUAUGCUACCGGACUGGCCGUUAGCCGGGACGGACGGAUCGCGUUUACGACAGGUGGACCGGACAACUCCAUCCACAUGUGGAAGAUCGACCGAGAGUGUGUUGAUUAUCUUUAUUUCCUCUCUCCAUAUCGUCUACUUUAGGUUUUUAUUCUUGCUACUGAACGACGUGCUCUCUAUUUCUGAAAAUUCAAGAUACUUACCCCAAUACUUGCGUUAACAUAGUAUAAAUAGCCUUUGACUUGAUCUUACACUUGAAGUGCUCACACUCCAACCUCUUAGUGGGAAGACCUAAAACCAUUUAUUUGAACCCUUAAUUUCGUCUAACUUCAGAUAACCCACUUACGAUUUCGGACCAAAAUAGUAGCUGCAGAAGUGUUAUAAUGCUGGACUCUUUGCCAGUAGAAGCGAAGAGACGAGUCCCAGGAAGCAGACUUGAAGUGGAAGACACGAUCUGUUUUUGUCUCUGAUAAUGGACUCGAGCAGGAAUCCGAAACGUCAGGCUAACAAAGCUUUUGUCCCGGCGAUCGUGUCUUAUACUUCUAGGAUGGACCCUUUCUUCAACUUCUUCGUUCAUCAGUUUUGUGGGAGCCAGAGGGCAGGCUUUUAGGAUGAGUCAACAGAAUCAUUGAAUACAUAAAACUGAAUUUUAUACUCGUGAAGGCCUUUCAAAAAACCCCUUUGAAGCCCGGCUCCUAUGGUGAAAAGUACUAACGGCUAACUUUUGAUUUCGCACAGUACUGAGCAGGUCUAUAUCGUGAAAAACAUAUUUAUAUAAGUUCCUAGUAACUGUUAGAAUCGAAGUGAAUUCCUAGUAAAAGAAUCGGGUUACAUCGUUUAAUGUUUUUCUUUUAAAGUGUCCUCAUUGCACAGGCGAGUCUGUACUCAGAUGAUAUGGUGCCGUUCUACAACAUGCUAACACCGGAAUUGCUAAAUGACCUGAAAGACUACUUCUACUUGGCCCUUCUCCGUCAACAAGGCAUCUCCUCAAUGGAUACAAGAAUAACAGCUGAGAAGAUACCCAUAACUGAGAUUCCGUUUGUAAUGCGCGCAAUAGGCUUUUUCCCGACCGAUGAGCAGGUGAGUUUGUUGUAA